AUGGUCCAGAAGCGACCGUCGUCGCCUCCCCCGCCCGAAGAGGAUCGGCUGCGACCGCCGCGGUAUGCCGCCGAGGACACCACCCCGACGCGGCGAGUCGAGAUCCUAGGCUGGUAUGCGUAUGGCAUUGCGGCAGAGGUGUUUGCCGUAUGUGGAGUGGGUUCCUUCCUCCCCAUCACCCUCGAACAACUCGCCCGCGAACGAGGAACAUUUCUCAACAGUCACUUGCCGUGUGUGCCGACAAGCGUCUCGGCGGGUGGGAAUGGGACUCAUGCGAUGACUCGGGGCGGUGAUGAGAAUGGACAAUGUGUUGUGGACCUGUUCGGGAUGCAAAUCAACACCGCGAGUUUCGCGAUGUAUACGUUUUCGCUGGCCGUGCUGGUGCAGGCAUUGACUCUUAUCUCGUUCAGUGCGCUGGCAGAUUAUGGAACAAACCGAAAAACUAUGUUGUUGAUCUUUGGCUUCCUCGGAUCGACAACUUGUAUGAUGUUUAUCUUCGUUGCGCCCCCGGUAUUCCUUCUCGGAUCGAUAUUGGCGAUCAUUGGGGUGACCUGUUUGGGCUCGUCGUUUGUCGUGCUCAACUCUUUCCUACCGCUCCUGGUGGCCCACGACCCUUCCAUUCACCAUGCCAAACUACAGCGAGCAUCGCGACAAAUGUACCGGCACGACGACGACGAGGAAGCAGAGGAGCAUGAAGCCGUGAACGAUGUCGAGGACGAGCCAGAUGCCGACCCAAAGAAAAAGAAGGGCCCGGUGUCCCCUGAGAUGCAGCUAUCGACGCAAAUCUCGUCAAAAGGAGUCGGGCUGGGCUACAGCGCAGCCAUGUUUGUGCAGUGUCUGAGUAUUCUGCUACUGUUCUGCCUCUCGAAGACCUCCCUCUCCAAGACAUCGGCAACCUUGCCCUUACGUUUCGUUCUCUUUCUCGUGGGUGUCUGGUGGUUCGGUGGUACUAUGGUGACUCGCCGCUGGCUGCGUAGCCGUCCGGGCCCUCCCCUGGACUCAUCCACCGCGGGCGGCAAUCGGGAUGACAACCGACUGAGUCAGUGGCGCGCCUCCCUCCGCAUGAUUGGGUUUGCAUGGAAGUCCCUCUGGCGGACGGUCAAGAUAGCGGCGAAACUGCGCGAGAUGGUGAUCUUCCUGGUCGCGUGGUUCCUGCUCUCGGACGCGAUUGCCACCGUGUCCGGGACGGCCAUCUUGUUCGCGCGCACAGAGCUGAAGAUGAGCACCGAGGCCGUGGCCAUGCUCUCCAUCACGGCCAUGGUAUCCGGCAUGGCGGGCGCUUUCCUGUGGCCCAUCAUCUCCCGCCGAUUCAACCUGCAGUCCAACCAUACCAUCAUGGCGUGCAUUGCCCUGUUCGAACUCAUCCCCAUAUACGGCAUGAUGGGCUACGUUCCCCUCUUCAAGCGGUGGGGGGUGAUUGGCCUUCAGCAGCCGUGGGAGAUCUACCCGUUAGGCUUCAUCCAUGGCUUCGUCUCCGGCGGGCUCAACUCCUACUGCCGCUCCUUCUUCGGCCAGCUCAUCCCGCCGGGCAACGAGGCAGCCUUCUACGCCCUUUACGCCGUGACCGACAAGGGCAGCUCGGUCGUGGGCCCGGCCAUCGUCGGCGGCCUGAUUGAUGCCACGGGAUCGGUCCGCUCGGGCUUCUUCUUCAUCGCUGUUCUUAUCUUACUCCCUAUCCCGCUCAUUGCUUUCGUGAAUAUGGACAAAGGGCGCCGAGAUGGCAUCGCUAUGGCCGAGAAACUCGAGGGCGAUGCUCGGCGUGACCAAGAGGAAGAAGAAGAGGGGUUAUUAAGAGGACAACGUAGUCCGUAG